AUGGGCAAGAGGAAGCGCUCUACAUCACCACCUUCGAGACUAAAGACAAAGGAAUCGUCGAGCACUAAAAAGCGUAAGCCUGGGAACGACAAUAAUGAUAGAUUGUCACUUUUACGUAAAAAGGCAAGGUUAGAUGUGAAGCGCGAAACCGCGAGCAAUGACACCUCUGCCUCUGAACGAGAACAUGGGCACGAAAAGGAAAGAAGGACCUCUUCACGCAAGAAGUCUAAGAGGGAUCUGGAGAGCGGGCUUUCGGGCUCUAGCGAUGGUUCCUCACCCCCGGAACAGAACUCCAGUCACAGACGUGGACGCGACAGAAAUAGAGCAGUAUCGACUCCUCCGCGCAAGAAGAAGAAAAAUGUGGAGGACGAGGCCGAAAGCUAUCGCGACGAUACCCCUCUUUCAGACCGUAUCUCCCCUAGUAACCAGAAACGCGACCACGACCAGGAACCUUCUUCUCUGCGCGGGAAGGAGCACAACCCCAAACAUAGACGCGACAAGCAUAGUGCGCUGUCUCCCUCACCCAAGGGCUCGCGGAAGGAGGUGGAGAGCGAACUCUCGGGCUCCGGCGAGGACUUUUCUAGUGGCGCAGGCAUCGAGGAUAAAGAAUCUCGUUCGCCGCUUGAGGACCCAGGUAUAUCUGCGGUAGUCAAGAUCUCAACCCCUAGCCCCGCUCCCAAAUACGACUUCAGUUACGUGCGCGCAAGAGUUCGUCUCUCACUCGCGCCUGUAUUUCUAAGGAAUCCCACAUCCGGAGUUUUCGAAUUGUUAGACGCAAUGACCAUGAAAUAUGUGCCGGAUUUUCGUGGGGUACUUCUAGCUCAUUCGAACGCGAAAAUAUUGGAUUCUAAAGCAAAAAUAAUGGAGAGUUGUCCAUUUGCAUCUGUCGAUGUUGGAUUCAAUGCAUUGAUAUGGAGUCCAUCGAUAGGGAUGAAACUCACCGGCGAAGUUAAUCUUUGCUCCCCAUCCCACAUAUCAUUACUCAUCCAUCGUAUAUUCAAUGUGUCGAUACCCCGCCGUCACAUACCAACAAAUGAAUGGCAUUUCGAAACCGAGAAUGAUCCUGAAUACGAAGCUAGGGAAGAUGAAAUGCAAGUCGAUGGCGGCAAAGCCGAGGGUUGGAACAGCAUCGGAUGGUGGGUUAACACCUCAACGGGUAAGAGAAUAGGUGGAAAGAAGAGGCUCGUCACGUUCACUGUUAUAGGCAUGAUCGAAGCCCAUAGGAUGCUCUCGCUGAAGGGCUCAUUACAACCUGACCCUUUUAAUCCCGCACAUUCUCUUCAGCUCACGAAUUCCAUCGAAUCCCAACCCUCUACCACCAGCGCAUCCGAACCCACGGCUCGAAGGGAGACAGAGGAGGGCAGCGAGGAUGGUGAUAACGAUGACAUCAACGAAAAGGAAGAGGGACGCCCCAGACGAAAAGUCAGGUUCAGCCUCCACAUGGGGCCCAUUCCCUCGGAUUCUGAUGACGAGUGA